AGUUAAAAAAAGCAGUAUCCAAUCAAAAGGUAAAAUAAUAUAGUAAUUAUGUUAUCUAGAGCACUAGUGGACAAACAUUCCAAUUAAUCUCUUAGAUUGACUCUGAUUAUGACAUAUUAAUACUUGGCACUUUUUUAGUGGACAGUAUAAUCCCAAUGUGAGUCACACGUGUUCUUCCUCAUUUCUCUCUAUAAAUAACCACUCUUGGUUCAUUUUGGAUCUUCCCCUUCCUCUCUAGCUUUCAUUCUCUAGCUUAAAUACCAAUUAUACCAAUAACCGGUUUAAUACCAAACCGGAUAUCAUUUUCUAUCUAAUAUCGAUGUUUUCUACCAAUUUAGAGCCGGUUCAUAUCUGCUUUGAUGAUCAUGAUACGAUAACCGGUGAUGAAAUCACUGAAAUAUUGGCGUUUCUUCAAUCAGACGAGUCGGGUAUUCCAAGUGGUACAAACGAAUUAGUACCGGUUGAUGAGAAGAAGAGAAGACGGACGAUAUCAAACCGGGAAUCGGCAAAGAGAUCGAGGUUGAAGAAGAAGAAACGUUUUGAAGAGUUAACCGAAGAAGUGAACCGGCUGAACCAAAGGAAUGAGGAGUUGAAAAACCGGUUAGCUAAUGUGGUUAGUUGUGGUAAUUUCAUAUCUAGUGAGAAUAACCGCUUAAAAACCGAAUCGGUCUGCCUUGAAAUUAGGCUUCUAGAGUUGUACCGGUUUUUAGUGGCCAUUCAAUCGCCAAUCUCAACUAGAGUAAAUUACAUCACAGAGCUCGAGAUUUAAGUUUGAAAAAAAAAAAAAAAACGAUGCCAAGUAACUUUGAGCAUUUUUGUAAAGGUCAAACGUUUUUUUAACUAUGAAUUUUCACAUUUUGGUUCAAAGUUAUGCAUAUGUGUAUAUGUAAUCUGUAUGGAUAAUAUUUGUGAAUCUUGAUUCCCUCCACAUAAACACAUUCAUAAUUCUAUUGUCGAGACCUAAACAAGACGUGCACCGAAACAAGACCCGUUCAUCGAUAUCGUCAAACUGAAUUAAAAUUUUCAAAUUUUUAU